AUGGCGUGGUUAAGGUUGCAGCCUCUCACCUCUGCCUUCCUCCAUUUUGGGCUGGUUACUUUUGUGCUCUUCCUGAACGGUCUUCGGGCAGAGGCUGGUGGCUCAGGGGAUGUGCCCGGCACAGGGCAGAACAAUGAGUCCUGUUCGGGGUCAUCAGACUGCAAAGAGGGCGUCAUCCUACCCAUAUGGUAUCCGGAGAACCCUUCCCUCGGGGACAAGAUUGCCAGGGUCAUUGUCUAUUUCGUAGCCCUGAUAUACAUGUUUCUAGGGGUGUCCAUCAUUGCUGACCGCUUCAUGGCAUCUAUCGAGGUCAUCACCUCUCAGGAGAGGGAGGUGACUAUCAGAAAGCCUAAUGGAGAGACCAGCACAACCACGAUUCGGGUCUGGAAUGAAACUGUCUCCAACCUGACUCUUAUGGCUCUGGGUUCCUCCGCUCCCGAAAUACUCCUCUCUUUAAUUGAAGUGUGUGGUCACGGGUUCAUUGCUGGUGAUCUGGGACCUUCCACCAUUGUAGGCAGUGCAGCCUUCAACAUGUUCAUUAUCAUUGGCAUCUGUGUCUACGUGAUCCCCGAUGGAGAGACGCGCAAGAUCAAGCACUUACGAGUCUUCUUCGUCACCGCUGCUUGGAGUAUCUUUGCCUACAUCUGGCUCUAUAUGAUCCUGGCAGUCUUCUCCCCUGGUGUGGUUCAGGUUUGGGAAGGCCUCCUCACUCUCUUCUUCUUCCCGGUGUGUGUCCUUCUGGCCUGGGUGGCAGAUAAACGACUGCUGUUCUACAAAUACAUGCACAAAAAGUACCGCACAGAUAAACACCGGGGAAUUAUCAUAGAGACAGAGGGUGAGCACCCCAAGGGCAUUGAGAUGGAUGGGAAAAUGAUGAAUUCCCACUUCCUGGAUGGGAACCUGGUGCCCCUGGAAGGGAAGGAAGUGGAUGAGUCCCGCAGGGAGAUGAUCCGGAUUCUCAAGGAUCUGAAGCAGAAGCAUCCAGAGAAGGACUUGGAUCAGUUGGUGGAGAUGGCCAAUUACUAUGCCCUUUCCCACCAGCAGAAGAGCCGCGCCUUCUACCGGAUCCAGGCCACCCGCAUGAUGACGGGCGCAGGCAACAUCCUGAAGAAGCACGCGGCAGAACAAGCCAAGAAGGCAUCCAGCAUGAGUGAGGUGCACACCGACGAGCCGGAGGACUUUGUCUCCAAGAUCUUCUUUGACCCGUGUUCUUACCAGUGUCUGGAGAACUGUGGGGCCGUGCUCCUGACAGUGGUGAGGAAAGGGGGAGACAUGUCCAAGACCAUGUAUGUGGACUACAAAACAGAGGAUGGUUCUGCCAAUGCCGGGGCUGACUAUGAGUUCACAGAGGGCACCGUGGUGCUGAAGCCAGGAGAGACGCAGAAGGAGUUCUCCGUGGGCAUCAUUGAUGACGACAUUUUCGAGGAAGACGAGCACUUCUUUGUGAGGCUGAGCAACGUCCGCGUAGAGGAGGAACAGCUGGAGGAGGGGAUGCCUCCAACAAUGCUCAACAGUCUUCCCUUGCCUCAAGCUGUCCUAGCGUCCCCUUGUGUGGCCACAGUGACUAUCUUGGAUGAUGACCAUGCAGGCAUCUUCACUUUUGAGUGUGACACUGUUCACGUCAGUGAAAGUAUUGGUGUUAUGGAGGUCAAGGUUCUGCGGACCUCAGGUGCCCGGGGCACAGUCAUCGUCCCCUUUAGGACAGUGGAAGGGACAGCCAAGGGUGGUGGUGAGGACUUUGAAGACACAUACGGGGAGCUGGAAUUCCAGAACGACGAGACUGUCAAAACAGUUCACAUCCAGGUAAUUGAUGAUGAGGCAUAUGAGAAAAACAAGAAUUUCUUCAUUGAGAUGCUGGGCCCCCGCAUGGUGGAUAUGAGUUUUCAGAAAGCGCUCCUGUUAUCUCCAGAGGUGACUGACAGAAAGCUGACUGUGGAAGAAGAGGAGGCCAAGAGGAUAGCAGAAAUGGGAAAGCCAGUAUUGGGUGAACACCCUAAACUAGAGGUCAUCAUUGAAGAAUCCUAUGAGUUCAAGACUACAGUGGACAAACUGAUAAGGAAGACAAAUUUGGCCUUGGUUGUGGGGACCCAUUCCUGGCGGGACCAGUUCAUGGAGGCUAUCACUGUCAGUGCAGCAGGGGACGAAGAUGAAGAUGAAUCCGGGGAGGAGCGGCUGCCGUCCUGCUUUGACUACGUCAUGCACUUCCUGACAGUCUUCUGGAAGGUGCUGUUUGCCUGCGUGCCCCCCACAGAGUACUGCCACGGAUGGGCCUGCUUCGUCGUCUCCAUCCUCAUCAUCGGCCUGCUCACCGCCAUCAUUGGGGACCUGGCCUCCCACUUCGGCUGCACCAUUGGUCUCAAGGACUCCGUCACGGCUGUGGUUUUUGUGGCGUUUGGCACCUCCGUGCCAGACACCUUUGCCAGCAAAGCUGCCGCCCUCCAGGACGUGUAUGCGGACGCCUCCAUUGGCAACGUCACGGGCAGCAACGCCGUCAACGUCUUCCUGGGUAUCGGCCUGGCCUGGUCCGUGGCCGCCAUCUACUGGGCCGUGCAGGGACAGGAGUUCCACGUGUCGGCCGGCACGCUGGCCUUCUCGGUCACCCUCUUCACCAUCUUCGCGUUCGUUUGCAUCAGCGUGCUCCUGUACCGGCGGCGGCCACACCUGGGCGGGGAGCUCGGAGGUCCCCGCAGCUGCAAGCUGGCCACGACGUGGCUCUUCGUGAGCCUGUGGCUCCUCUACAUACUCUUCGCCACACUGGAGGCCUAUUGCUACAUCAAGGGGUUCUGA